GCUUGGUAGGACAGUCCCCGGCGCGGUGACCGACCUCUUGACAAGUGUUGCAUGUACCAGUGAACUCACGUUCAACCCUAGGAUUAGUACAGUCCUGCUUGGUAUGACUAGGUUUUGAGUUUAGCACAAUUACUUUGGGGGUGGAGCUUCCCGUACUUACCCGACCUCACCGCAGUUGAAGCAUUCUCCAGUCAUUUGUUUUGGUUCAGGACAGUCACGACUGAAGUGGCCUUCCAUGUUGCAGCUGGAAUUCUAUGUUAGCUUCGGGCCACAUGAGCGUGAGAGCUAUGAAGCGUACUUGCGACAAGUCACGUCAGUGCCACCGACGCUAAAGCCAUUGUUAUUGACACUUUCGAAGCCAUUGGUAUUGCCGCUGUCGAAGCCAUUAGUGCCGCCACCGCCGGCAUCGGCAGUCCAGGUGUCACCUCCAGCGCCAACAUCAGCAGUCCAGGAAUCACCUACAUGUCGGAUUAGUGGUAUUCAUCUGCCACUGAGGAGAGUGAGCAACAUACCGGUGUCGUGUUGCCAGGACAUAAUGAAAGGAAGAACGUGUUGCAAGAGUGAAAAUUGGCGGACGAGGGCGAGGAAGAAGGUCAGGUUGAUUUCAGAUCUGCCAGUGCGCGCCUGGAAGGCACUGUCAGCCCUGAUUAAUGUGCACUCUGCACAAAGAGAGCGAUUUGACCCUCCAAAGCAGAGAGAGGACGAAGAAAGGCUCUUACCUAAAAUUGCAGCGAUGUAAUGACAGUUUUAAAGCGGUGCAUCAGAAGUUGAAGGACUUUCAAAGGAAGAUUUAUUGAGGGAGAUGUGAAGGUAAGGGCCUAGUGAGCGUAAGGUGAAAUUGAAUUUAAUGAAACGGAACUCCUGUCAGGCCCUACUUCGGUAAACGCGUUCGCGACGUCAACAACCGGAUUAAGCAACUACCCGCGCACGAAUUCACU